GCCUCUCGCUGGGAUCCCUACCGCGCAAGCGGCACGGCUGCCGCAGCGGCCAACAAGCCGUAGCAAGCGCUCUGCCGCUGGGGCAGCAUCUGAUCAGCCCAAACUUUCUGAAUUGCGCACGCAGCCAUGGGGCUGCGACGAGCGCUCCCGUUGGCACUGCUGCUCCGCUCCCGAGCCAUGGGGCUGCGGCAACGAGCCAGGGCGCUCGCCGUCCGCGGCGGUCGAGAAGCCCCGAGCCACACCGCCCAUCUCAAUUACCAGGAGCCGCACCCCGAGCUCGCUACGGGUCGCUAUAUCGAUCGAGAGGACCAGGGCGAUCUGGUGGAUACGGUCGAGCCGCGGCCCGUGGAGAUGACGGACGCGCGGCAGCUCGACGAGCCGGCUACUCUGGAAACUAUGGGCUUCUGCCUGGAGAAGCACCCGACGGAGUGCCGGGACCUCCGCGACGAUGCGGCAGUGGGCGAGAUUUACUACGAAGAAAUGCGAGAGCUGGUUAAGAAAACAUCGGGCGCGUCGCGGGUGUUUGUCUUCGACCACACCGUUGACUCGGAGCAGAAUGAACUUGAACGUGGCGCCGACGCGACGCCACGUCGCCUCGACGCCGUCGCCGUCGCCGUCAGAGAGUUGGCGCCGAGAUUGUCCGUUCCCCACAGAUCCGCGAGACCGGCGUCAAAAACCUGAACGCGGCGGCGGGCGGCGCCGCGGCGCCCGUGCCGCGCGUGCACUGCGACUACACCCACGAGGGCGCGCCGCGGCGCCUCCGGCAGCUUGGGGAGCGGGGGAUCUUUUCCCAUCUUAAGAAGCGGGACCUGACCGCGGCGGAAGUCGAUGCUCUAGAAGCGGGACGGUACGCGUUCAUCAACGUCUGGAGAAGUAUCGACGCAAAACACGCCGUCGCGCGGAGCCCGCUCGCCGUCUGCGACGAGGCGUCGGUCGAUCCGGACGAGAAGUUCAAAUAUGAAUUGCGCUUCCCGGACCGCACGGGCGAGACCUACUCGCUGCGCCACUCGGAGAAACACCGGUGGUACUGGUACCCCGGGAUGUCCCACGACGAGUGCCUGGUCUUCAAGUGUUUUGAUAAAAGGAAGGACUCGACGCGCUUCACAUUCCACACGGCCUUCGACGACCCGAGCACGACCGAGGCCUCGCCGCCGCGCCAAUCAAUAGAGGUACGCACCAUCGCGUUCUUCGACGAGGGGUAACUUUUCGACGUGAGACGCUCCUAGCGGUAAG